GUUUCCACCAACUCCCUUUAACAUAUAGUAAGCACAAUGAAACUAGCAUGUGUAAUUUCUAGCACUGCAUCAUCGGCGACGGUCCUCUGCCGCCGCGGCCGCUGCCUUUUCUCCUCCUCCUCCUCCGUGGCCAAAACCCUAAAUUCAUCAUCGUAUCGGAGGGGUUGGAUGAGCAACACCGCCGCGACCGGCUCUUUGCACCAAAUAUCUUGUUCAAUGAUUACCUCAACCUCCCCACCAGACACACCGGCAAUAUCCGCGCCUCAGCCGGGGAAACCGAAACCAAAGCCACAGCCGUGGCUCAUCGUUGGCCUUGGUAACCCUGGGAAACGAUACGCUGGCACCCGUCACAACGUGGGUUUUGAGAUGAUAGAUACUAUAGCUGAUGCUGAAGGAAUAUCAAUGGGCAGUGUUUCCUUCAAAGCUCAAUUUGGAAAAGGUUUCAUUGGAGAUGUUCCAAUUAUGCUUGCUAAGCCUCAGACAUUCAUGAAUGCAAGUGGUGAGUCUGUUGGGGCAAUCGUUUCAUAUUAUAAGAUUCCACUGAAGCAAGUUCUUGUGGUUUUUGACGACUUAGAUUUGCCUUUUGCAAAGUUGCGGUUAUUGCCAAAAGGUGGUCAUGGAGGACACAAUGGGAUGAGAAGCAUUAUGAACCAUCUUAAAGGGAACCGUGAUUUUCCCCGUUUGCGAAUAGGCAUUGGGAGGCCUCCAGGGAAAAUGGAUCCGGCAAGUUUUGUUCUUCGCACAUUUAAUCGACAAGAACGUGAAGAGUUGGACUUUACACUACAGAAUGGUUUGGAAGCAAUGAGAAUUCUAGUGCUCGAGGGCUUCGACAAAAGUGCCACAUUUGUGAAUAGUUCCAAACCCUUGACAGUUUAGGUUAGGGAAUUCAUUCAUUUUUCCAGAGUUUGGUGAUUGAUGGGAGAAAGGUCCCCCAACCGAUUAUGGCUUGUCAGGAUACAGAAAUAUAGUUUGUAUACUAAAAUACUUUAGUAUGGCGCCAUAAAAUCAUGUUAAAACAUUUUUGUUAAUGAUCUUU